AUGAGUUUGUCGAAGUUUGCUAGAAAUACUUUGCAAAUUAGCAAAGUAUGUUCCAUAGCGGAAAAAAAAGCAAGCAAUAAAAUAACAACACAGAACGGAGUUCGAAAUGUGAGUAGCUGUAUUAAUAAUGUACAUAAUAAAUGGAUGAAUAGGAGAUACGUGAACGGUCGAGUUAAUAGUGAUAGAAGAAAACAUUUUAGUACAGGAGAAAGUUAUGAGUUCAAAGCAGAAACAAAGAAAUUGCUACAAAUAGUAGCUCAUUCGCUGUAUACAGAUAAAGAAGUAUUUAUAAGAGAGCUAAUAAGCAAUUCUUCUGAUGCAAUAGAAAAAUUAAGAUUUACUCAAAAUGCAUCCAUAAAAAUUGCAGAUUCCUCAGUAGAAGAGGAAAAGAACAUUCCGUUCUACAUAAAAAUUUCUACGGAUGAAAAAGAAAAAUUAUUUAUUAUUGAAGACAGUGGAAUCGGAAUGACCAAGCAAGAAGUAAUUGAUAAUUUGGGGACUAUUGCAAAAAGUGGUUCUUUAAAUUUUUUGAAUUCGAUAAAGGAGAAAAAUAUAAAAAAAAAAAAUACCUUAACAGAGUCAGGUGAAAAGGAAGAAUUGUCAAAUACAGGCGAUAUCAUAGGGCAAUUUGGAGUUGGAUUUUAUAGUUCUUUUGUUGUUUCAGAUGAGGUGGAGGUUUUUACACGUUCGUAUGAAGAAAAUUCUGUGGGUUAUCAUUGGAAGUCAGAUGGAAAUGGAAUGUUUACAUUGAAAGAAGUAGAUGACAUACCCAGAGGAACAAGAAUAGUUUGUCAUCUGAAAGAUACGUGCAGGGAAUUUUCCAAUAUCCAGAAAGUUCAGCAGAUAGUGGAAAAGUUCUCCUCCUUCAUUAAUUUUCCUGUUUACAUAGUUAAGAAAAAGCGCAUCCAGGGAAGCUCAGCAGAGGGGAUAGAGGCAGCAGAAUCAGCAGAAUCAGCAGAAGCAGCAAAAGUAGCAAAAGCAGUCGAAGUAUCCGAAUCGGCCGAAGCAGAUGCAGUGGAGCAGGUCGGCCUACGUACGGAUUCCAAAGGGGAGAGAAUGAACACCGGAGCUGAUGUAGCAGAACAAGGCCCAUCAGAAGAAGAGGCAAAGAAAAGGAGUGCAACUGAGGGUUGUAGAGCUGACGAUGUAAUGACGGAAGAAAUUCUGAUAAACAAUCAAAAACCAUUAUGGUGUAAGGAGAACGUGUCGGAAGAAGAGCAUCGAAACUUCUUUAAAUUUUUGAACAAGAAAAAAGGUUAUGAUGACAAUACUAGUUAUAUAUAUAAGCUUAUGUACAAAGCAGAUGCACCUAUGUCUAUCAAGAGUGUUUUUUAUAUCCCUGAAGAAGCACCAUCAAGACUAUUUCAGCAAAAUAAUGAAAUAGAAAUAUCGUUAUACUGCAAAAAAAUGUUAGUGAAAAAGAACGCAGAUAACAUUAUACCCAAGUGGUUAUAUUUCAUUAAAGGAGUAGUUGACUGUGAAGAUAUGCCAUUAAAUAUAAGUAGAGAAAAUAUGCAAGAUAGUACAUUGAUGAAUAAGUUAUCUCGAGUUGUUGUUACAAAGAUUUUAAAAAAUUUAGAAAAGGAAGCAGAUCAUAAUGAAGAGAAAUACUUAAAAUUUUAUAAAAAUUUUAAUUAUAACUUAAAAGAAGGUAUUUUAGAAGAUUCGACAAAGAAUCAUUAUAAAGGCAUUUUGAUGAAUUUGUUGAGAUUCUAUUCCAUUAAUCUAAACAAAUAUAUAUCUUUAAAAGAAUAUAUGAACAGUGUGAUAGAUGGUCAGAAGAACAUAUAUUACUUUUCUGCAAAUGAUAGAGAUGUAGCUUUAACGUCACCAUAUAUGGAACCUUUUAAAAAACAAAACAUGGAUGUACUAUUACUAUUAGAAGAGAUCGAUGAAUUCGUUUUAAUGAAUUUGCAAUCAUAUAAUGGGGCAAAGUUUGUUUCAAUUGACACAUCCCAGAAUGAAGAUCUAGAUGAUGUUAUAUUAAACGCUAAUAAGAAUAUUAAUAGUAGUAAUAGCAGCAAUAAUAAUAGUGGAAAACAAAAUGAACAGUCCAAUUUUUUUACACAAGAACAGAAGAAAGAAUUACAAAAAUAUUUUAAAGAUGUACUAGGAUCGAAAUGUUCAGAAGUAAAAUUUUCUGAACGCUUAACUGUAUCACCUGCUGUUGUUACAGGAUUUUUAUCACCAACACUUAGGAAAGUUAUGAAAGCAACUAUGAAAAAUGCAGAUUUUCAAGAUAAUAUGCUACAUAACUUACCAGCAACCUUAGAACUGAAUCCCACGCAUACAAUCAUUACAUCCAUUUAUCAUUUAAAAAAUACUAAUCAGGAGGUAGCGAAAUUGCUAGUGCACCAACUUUAUGACAACGCAUCUAUUGCAGCAGGGAUAUUAGACGACCCUCGUUCGCUUCUAACCCGAUUAAAUGAAUUGCUCUUACUUACGGCAAGGUAUGCAUAUCACUAUGAACGAAAGGAUUCAUCUGAGCAGGUUAGCCCGGUGGACGGGGAAGCAUCAGAUACUAAGUCAAGCAAAGUUGUAGGAGAAGGGGGUGCAAAUGAUGACGAUGUGAGUGGUAGCGGCAUGAGCAGUAGUUCAAGUAGCGGCGGCAUAAACGACGGAAAUAUGAAUUCGACUGACGAAGUGGAAAGGAAAGAAACGCAAACAUCCAAACUGUAA